CGCAGCUUCGUUAUGUAUGUGCUGUCGGUAAAAUGACCGAGGUCGGCCGGAGGCUGAGACAUGUUUACCGGCUAUCCGCGGUUACAAACGGCCUCAGACGUCCUGCUUCUUUGUCCCUGGACUUUAUUCAGGAGAGCUCCAGCAUAGGUCGGCGGGAGACAAAAAGCAAAGCAGGGCGAGACAAAUACUACAAGGUGAGGAAACGUGUGAAUGGAUAUGGAGGAGCCGGAGGGAUAUUCCCCCAUCACACCUGUUUGACAACGGAUUGGUCUCCUUUGGCCCUGGACUACAGCUCAGGAAGGAUACAGGGUCUGAAAGCAGCUCUGCAGCCUGUCCUGCUGAAUAGAGGCUGGGGGUGUCCAGGAGCCUUCCUGAAGUCAGCGCAGCAGCUCAGAGCUUUUUGCACCGUGCACUUCAUUCUGUCUGAGGGUCAGAGGUCAGCACAGAGGCAUGGCAGACCCAGGCGGCACUGCCGUGAUCCUUCACAGCCAGCUAGAAGCUACAGCGGGGAACAAGAUAAGUUUUUGCUCUACCGGAGCAGGACAGCCUAUUAUGACAUCCUCAGCGUGUCCCGCAGCAGCACCCAGGCCCAGAUUAAGACGGCCUACUACAAGCAGUCCUUCAUCUACCACCCCGACAAGAACCCAGACAACAAGGAAGCCACCCAUCGCUUCUCUCAGAUCAGCGAAGCCUACAUUGUGCUGGGAAACAUCAACCUGAGGAGGCGGUAUGACCGAGGCAUCCUGAGCCAGUUUGACAUCCAAAACGCAGGGAAGCCGUCCUCCAAAGACACCUCUGGAAAAACUGCAGAGGCACCACUGCAGCAUCAGCAGAGGGUCAAGCCUGUCUCUCAAUUUGGAGGGAAGCCUAUGUUUGACUUUGACGCCUUCUACCAGGCCCACUACGGAGAACAACUACAGAGGGAGCAGGAGUGGAGAGCCAGGAAACAGCGCUUCAAGGAGCAAAAGAAGGAUAACACACUCAACUCGAAGGGAUGGGUGGCCAUGCAUGUGGGAGUUUGUGUUGUAGGAUUGAUGUUUUUGUUAGGUAUGAAAUAAAAGCAGCACAUUGGCUUCUGUAUAAUAUGAUCUUCGGCUGCAGGUUGGGUCUGCUUCUGCACAGUUUCAUAAAACUGAAGUUGAUGUUAUUGAUGUAGGUAUAAAGAACCACAAAGGCAUUGUGGAGGGGGAAAAAAACAAAUGAUAUUUGUAUACAGAGCUACUUUAAAUCAGUAAUGUAAUCCCAGAAGUCAAAUUGCUUAAAUUGAUGCACAUUUUUCUGAUUAAUAAUUGUGAGAAAUUUGGUAAUCUGAAUCCACGAACUGUAUAUGUUUUUCUUCUUCAUGACAUCUGAUCAUUCGUAAUUAGAAAUGACCCUCUGUUAGAGGGGCAGAUGUGUAAAAUAUCACUACAAUUGUACAUUUAAUGGUAAAAGUAUCACCUUUUGCACAGACAUUGGUUGAUAUGUCAAGCUAAUUUUUUUCCUUUCUUUAAUCAAUGUAAUUGUGGUUGGAAUGGAUUCAGCAUGUAAGAAAACAGAAUCGACAUUCCAUACAAUUACAUAGCUUUUUUUAAUGAAAAAAAUUGAACUUGGAAUCACAUUUUUCUCUCUCGCUUUCUUAUGUGUGUGUGUGUGUAGAUGGACAAAAUUGUGAUUAUUUUUAGCUAUAUAUCAAACAAUGCUUGUGCAAAAUUUGGUCUUUAUCACAAUUCACAGUUGUUUCAAGUACUUGCCUGACAAUGUGUGCCUUAUUUAACUGUAAAGAUUUAUGGUUUGACAUUAAUAAAAAUGCAGUGUGUAAAGGCUGAGGCUU